AUGAAUAGUCAGCGCAUUCAAAGGGAGAUCUCUUGUUCCUCUGAGGACCCCAGCUGCACCAAAAUUGUGGAGUCCCUCAAUGCAUGGAAUGACUCAGAAGCCAAUGCCUACAAACGGGUGGACCUGCCUCUCAGAGCCCCGACAAUGACCGCACAAGAUGUUCCUCGUGCCUUUCCAACAGUGGAUGUCCCAGACCAUGCCCAUUACACGAUUGGAGCAGUCAUUCUUACAGUGGGAAUCACUGGAACUCUGGGUAAUUUCUUGGUCAUCUAUGCUUUCUGCAGGAGUAGGAGCCUUCAAACGCCAGCCAACAUAUUCAUCAUCAAUCUAGCUGUUAGUGACUUCCUGAUGUCCAUUACACAGUCUCCAUUUUUUUUCACCAACAGUCUCCACAAACGCUGGAUUUUUGGUGAGAAAGGCUGUGAGCUGUAUGCCUUCUGCGGAGCUCUUUUUGGCAUUACAUCUAUGAUCACUUUGACGGUGAUUGCCCUGGACAGGUAUUUUGUCAUCACAAAACCUCUGGCUUCUAUUGGAGUGAUGUCUAAGAAGAAGGCACUAAUAAUCCUGGUAGGAGUCUGGCUGUACUCUUUGGCUUGGAGUCUCCCACCAUUCUUUGGAUGGAGUGCAUAUGUUCCUGAGGGUCUGCUGACUUCCUGUUCCUGGGACUACAUAACUUUCACACCAUCAGUCCGUGCCUAUACAAUGCUGCUUUUCUGCUUUGUCUUUUUCAUUCCUUUGAUUACUAUCAUAUACAGUUACAUAUUUAUCUUUGAGGCCAUCAAGAAGGCCAACAAGUCUGUUCAGACAUUUGGAUGCAAACACGGAAAUAAAGAGUUUCAGAAACAGUAUCAGAGGAUGAAAAAUGAGUGGAAGAUGGCCAAAAUUGCACUGAUAGUCAUCUUGCUUUAUGUCAUUUCCUGGUCACCAUACUCUGUUGUUGCUUUGGUAGCUUUUGCCGGGUAUUCCCACAUCAUAACACCGUUCGUGAACUCCAUACCAGCUGUGAUUGCCAAAGCUUCUGCCAUCCACAACCCCAUCAUUUAUGCCAUCGGUCACCCCAAAUACAGAACAGCCAUUGCAACGUAUGUUCCCUGCCUUGGAUCCCUGCUGAGAGUUUCCCCUAAAGACUCCCGGUCUUUCAGCAGGUAUCCCUCCUCCAGACGAUUCACCAUUACCAGCCAGUCUUCCGAGAUAAGCGCGCCACAGAAAGGAAAAAGGCGACUAUCUUCUGUCUCAGACAGUGAAUCCGGCUGUACUGAUACAGAAACUGGUAUUACCACUGUGAUCUCCAGACCUCCUAGCAGACAGUUUUCCUAUGAAAUGGUAAAAGACACAAAUCAAACUAGUGACAUGAGAGCCAAACCUAAAGCAAAAAGCCAUGAUUCUGGGAUUUUUGAGAAGACAUUUGUAGAUUCUGAUGACAUAUCCAUGGUGGAUCUGAAUGUCACAGAGUACACUGCUACACCUGCUACAGGUGAAAGCCUGAAUGGUAUUGGACUAAGAAAAGGAGAGUCUCACCAGAGACCAUCUGCAGCCCAGAUACCCAGCAUUAUAAUAACAUACAGCAAUGGCCAAGGAGUAGAGCUACCUUCUGAAUAUAGCUCUGGUUUCCUGUACCCUAAGAUGAAGAGCCACAGCCAGAAAAAGAACUCCAGCAGCUAA